UUCAAAGUCCAUUUUCCUAGACAAAAACAUUAUCUUUUUCCCUUUUAAUUCCCCCAAAAAUCUUGGGUUCCACAACCCCUUCCAAAAGUACCAUUCCAUCUCGUCUUGUACUCCUACUUGUAUCAAGAUCAGCAUAUGUUCAACAGUCUCUCAAUCUUCCAAUUCAAAACCAGAUCAUAACCCUUUGUUGAUUGUGACUUUGAUCACCCAAUAAUGUACUUGUCCUUGUGUUUAGUGUUUUUCCAAUGUUUGACAUAAAGGGAUUACAGUUUUGAUAGGAUGAAGAACAUCCACAAGCUUACUUUGAUUCUGGUACCGACCUCAGCCACAGUUUUGAUAGUUCUUGCACUUUUGGUCUACUUUUUGUGCAAAAGAAGUCCAAAAACUGAGCUUAAAGAUGUAGAAAGCACAGAGCAGAAGCAUGAAGAUGAUGGUGCUGUUCUUCAAGUGGCAGACUUGGUAACUUUUCAGGAUGGUGAGGACCUCACAAUUUCUGACAUACUGGAAGCUCCAGGGGAAGUGAUUGGAAAAUCCAACUAUGGUACUUUGUACAAGGCUUUGUUGCAGUCUAGUGACUCAGUGAAGUUGUUGAGGUUUUUGAGGCCUGCAUGUACUGCAAGAAUUGAAGAUUUUGGUGAAGUGAUUCAGCUUUUGGGGUGCAUCAGGCACCCCAAUUUGGUGCCUCUUCUGGGUUUCUAUGCAGGGCCAAGAGGUGAGAAGCUUCUGAUUCAUCCGUAUUAUUGGCGUGGGAGUCUGGCUCCAUUUGUGAGAGAGGGCAAUCCUGAGUCUCACAAAUGGGCAAUAAUUUAUAGGAUAUCAGUUGGUAUAACCAAAGGGUUACAUCAUCUUCACACUGGCUUGGAGAAGCCUGUAAUUCAUGGUAAUCUGAAGUUGAAAAAUGUGCUCUUCGACCGGCAUUACCAACCUUUCAUCUCAGAUUACAGCCUACACCUUCUCUUGAAUCCCACUGCUGGCCAAGAAAUGCUUGAAUGUUCGGCAUAUCAAGGCUACAAGGCACCCGAGCUGAUCAAAAUGAGGGAUGCAAAUGAAGAGACUGAUAUAUACAGUCUAGGGAUCAUCUUACUUGAGUUACUCACAGGAAAGGAACCCAUCAACCAAAAUCCUACAACACCUGACGAGGACUUCAGUUUGCCAAACCUAAUGAGAAAUGCAGUCCUUGGACAUAGAAUUCAGGAACUGUUCCAUCCAGAUAUACUUGUUAGUAGCUGCACUACUGAUGAUGAAAUCCCAGUUACUAAAGAAAGAAUUCUCAAAUUGUUUCAGCUUGCUAUGACAUGUUGUUCUCCUUCUUCAUCAUUGAGACCAAACACCAAGCAGGUGCUAUGGAAGCUUGAAGAGAUCGGAAGCUAGACAUUGUUGGGUAGGUUCAUAGUCAGAGUGCCUGGAUUUCAUUUCAGGAUACAUUUCUAGCUUACAAAAUCUGCAUGAUUGAUGCCCAUGAUGACAUUUGACAUGUAAAGUAAAAAGUAUAGAUAAUUGGGUAUACUUUCUUGAGGCCAAAAAGUUGGGAAAUUUCAGCUACCAGGAUUUGUAGGAUUUAAGCCAUCUGACAAAGAUCAUAUAGUUAGUGAUUUCUUUGUCACCAUGACUCAUAUUGCAGAUUUCUAGUGUAUUGGAGUGGAUGGGGUGCAAAGUGUUACAAGAGAAGGUAUGGUGGCUCAGCCAAAAUGACAAAAAAGAGAUUUU